CCACUGAAGUUUAAAGAGUCAUGGAGCUGGGAACAGUGACUGAUGACGAGGGGAAUACUCUGGAAUACAAACUAUACCAGGGUCAUGUUUUCCCGAAACUGGUCAGGGGGAAUGUACGUGACCAGCUGUAUCAGACAGCCAAACUACAAUGUAGACCAGACGAUGUCUUACUUUGUACAUAUCCAAAAACAGGAUUACAUUGGACGUACAACAUCAUUCAUAUGUUAGUAUCGGAAGCAGCUACCUAUGUAGGCAGUCCCAAAUAUCUGGAGUUCGACGACAUCGGCGACAUUGACACGAUGCCUUCCCGGCGGGUGUACGCCACACAUUUUGAGGUGUGUCAUUUGCCAGAUGCCGUUAAGAACGGAACCGGAAAGGUUAUCAAUAUCGUCCGUAACCCGAAAGAUGUCGCAGUAUCCUACUUCUGCUUCCUGACGUCACUUAAUAGUACUGUAUACUCCGGAAAUUUCAGUGGAUUUCUACAGUUCUUCCUGAAAGAAGAUUUUUUGUUUGGCAAUUGGUUCGGUGCACUUAAGCAAUGGUUGGAUACCAAGAAGACCUAUCCGCUUAUGAAGACACUCACUCUACAUUAUGAGGAUCUACAGAGAAAUACUUUACAAAAUAUUUACACACUGGCUAAUUUCCUGGAAAUUCCCGCUGAUGAAAAUUUCCUUCGACAAGUUGAGCUAAAUGUUGAAUUUUCAAAGAUGAAAAUAGACCAUGAAAAUAAAUCAUUGGGAUCCGAAACAUUUAAGGACAUCUCCAAACAUGGAGUUCUUCCAAUCUACCGGAAAGGGGACAUAGGAGACUGGAAAAGGUGGUUUACCCAAGCCCAGAGUGAGGAGUUUGAUCGCGUCUACAAUGAAAAAAUGGAGGGAUACGACAUAGAUUUUGUAUACGAGUAGGUGUAUAUCUGAAGUGAAGGGUCAUAAACUGAUUGAUGGACAUUUCUACUUCUAAUUAUAGUAAAAGUGACGUUACACCAGUCUAAGUGUAGAAGACUUGCAUCACCUGGGUAACAGGAAUUUAAACGUGUACUACUCAAAGUAUUCUGUGAACCAAGAAGGAUAACUCUUGUAGGUUUGGCAACAUCGUUAUGAUUUGCCUCCGUGUAUAUGAUACUGUAGCGACGAAAUGUAAUUUUCUUCAACUUAAUUAUCACUUAUGUCCUAUUAGUUACAGAGGAAACUUCGACACAAACUCAGGAUACUGUCAUUUUGUUCGUAUCGUGGUAGUAGUGUCAGCACUAAUAUUAUAACAGUCUGUGAGAUAUUGGUAAUGGAUCAGUGUUUGUUUAAUUCACUGUACUGAUACUUGAGGUAAAGUUCAAAUAAAGUUAUUGCUACCUGGAUCAUCAACCCAUCAUUAAAUUAUUUUUUUGGACAUUCAUAUGUUUCCUAUGAAACUUUCGCCAAUGUGGAAGUGUAAUAGUAGAGUUACAACUUCGCAGAAAAGGCCAUUGAGAUGAAAUGACAUUUCUGAUGACAUAAAAACUGAAUAACUAAGUAUAGGUGCAAAAUAAUUCACACACUUAUGCGUAAUUUUCAAUCAAUAAUCUUGAUCAUUGCACAAUUGCUACGUUCUAGCUGAAUUUCACUUUGACUAACAGAGGUUUUUGUCAGGAUAUUACAUCUCUGUAUCUAUUUUUCCCUCCCGAGCCAUAUACACUUAGUUUUUUUUUUCAAUACUGGGUUUUAGACCACAAUACUGGGUUUUAGACCAGAGUGUUUAGUGUAUUGAGUGAGAAGAUGUAACGAUUUUGUCAGUACUUUUUCUGAGCCCUCUAGUAUGAGACCAGUAUCAUCAGCGUACAUCGAUAGGUUGAACUCAUUGUUACCAACUUUGACGCCUCGGGAUAGGACCCAUUGCUACAUAUUUGCAUUGUACAAUUUGAACCCAACUAAAUAAAGGAUUUGUGAUAGUGUAAUUUCA